AGCAUGAGGUUGAAGCUGAUUGCGAGCAACAGCACCAUGGAACGCAGGUUCAGCCCGUGGAUCGGCGGCUCCAUCCUGGCCUCUCUAGGCACCUUCCAACAGAUGUGGAUCUCAAAGCAGGAGUACGAAGAGGGGGGGAAACAGUGUGUAGAGAGGAAAUGCCCCUGAAUCGCUGCCCCCCCCACCUCUGACCCCCCUCCCCACCUUCUUCGGGGGCGCCUGCAGCCC